CCGGAAGUUUCGCUGCUCCAUGCUGCUCCGCUCAGAGUCCUUCCUGUUUGAAAAAAUCAAGGAAGCAGCCGCGAAUGGAGAAGCGCCUGCACUGAUGAGAACAUCCUAGAGGCUGAGAUCCAUGCUCCUUGAUCACUGUGUUUUACUUUCAAUCUUCUGGAUUGUUACUAUGGCCCAGGUCUCCCAGGAGGACAGGGAGAAAACUACUGCGCUCAAAGAUUUACUUUCAAGAAUAGACUUGGAUGAGCUGAUGAAGAAAGAUGAGCCACCAUUUACUUUCCCCAAAACACUUGAGGAGUUUGAAUAUGCCUUCAAUGAAAAUGGUCAGCUGAGGCAUAUCAGGACUGGGGAACCUUUUGUAUUCAACGCCAGAGAGGAUCUCCACCGCUGGAACCAAAAACGCUAUGAAGCCCUUGGAGAGAUUAUCACUCAGUAUGUUUAUGAGCUGUUGGAGACACAGUGCAACAUGACUAGAGUUUACCUGCCAGUGGAUGCAAAAGAGGAGGAGCCCACCAGUUUUAUCUAUGUGACGGAUGAUGCCCUCUCCAACCCUUCCAAGCUGCUGGUGCUGAUCCAGGGCAGUGGGGUGGUGCGGGCCGGACAGUGGGCCCGCAGGCUCAUCAUCAACCAGGACCUGGACUCAGGAACGCAGAUCCCCUUCAUCACCAGAGCCAUAGAGGAAGGCUAUGGCGUAAUGGUGCUAAACCCCAAUGAAAACUACCUUGAGAUUGAGAAACCAGAUAGAUCUUCCCCUCUUGGCUCCCAGGACGAACUACUGGAUGAGCCAGCUGAAAAGAAGGAACGCAAAGAUGACAAAGAGGGCAGCAAGAAGAAAGAAUUUUACGAGAAGUACCGCAACCCACAGAAGGAGGCUGAGAUGGAGCGCAUCCCUGUACGAGAUAAUGGCUCUUCUGAGGACCAUGUGCUCUAUGUGUGGGACCACUUUGUGUCCAGAGCUGCAGCCAAGAAUGUCUUCAUCAUUGCCCACAGCUAUGGAGGCCUUUCAUUCGUUGAGCUGAUGAACCAGAGAGAGGCAGAAGUGAAGAACAAAGUGUGUGCUGUGGCCCUGACUGACUCAGCUCAUAACAUCUGGUUACAAGAGACUACGAAAAGCACACAAGACUGGAUGCAGCAGAACUGCUGUAACUGGGUGUCAAGUCCAGAACCACUGGACACACCGUUGGAUUCCAUGUUGCCAGAUUGCCCCAGAGUCUCUGCAGGCACAGAGAAGCACGAGUUGACUUCUUGGAACAGUUUUGACUCCAUCUUUCGCUUCUUCAAUGAGCUCCUAGAGGCGCAGGAGUACGAAGAGGCACAGGAGACCUCCAACAUAGUUACCACACGCAGCGGAUCUCACAAAAGCAAACACCAGGAUUUAUAGAAGAUCAACAACAAUGGACUGGGAGGGCUUGGUAUUGGAUUAAGAUUUAACAAAGAAAUACACCUUACAUUUCUAUGCUUUCCUAUAACCUCUCUAUUUUCCAUGAAUGUCGCCCUGACUCCAAGCACAUUAUAUGUUGCUGAUGUGAGAGCAAAGAGUACAUCAUGUAUAAAUCACAAUAACGUUUUGCAUUACUUCUAGAUGAGUGCUACUGUCAAAGCAAUAUGAACCUGAAGUGUUAGUGCUUCCCGUGGGCUGUGGCCUAGCUGCGUCUGUGGACCGGCGCAGCAGAGAUUAAGGCUGACAGGCGCUGUGCCCUGUGCGCGGGCUGCUCCUCUAAUUGUCCUGACAUCACACUGAACUGAGCUAAUGGCCUCCAUGCCCUCCGUCUCAAAUACUCCCACCAUCCUCCUGGUCCUAACGCCUGGUCCUAACGCCUGGUCCUCAAGGAGAUCUGUUGAUGCUGAUGCGUUCUGUUCCCAUAUCAACACCCAACAAAUUUUAGUUUUUACUACUUUUGCAAAUACACCAUUAUCAUAUUUCAAGGGCAUCUGACUUAUUAAACACAAUUUAAUUUAAAAAGGUUGUUUGUUUUUUAAUCAAAAUUUUUCCAACAUUAUUUUAUUGUUUUAAUUAUUCUGAUGCAUCUUUGUAUAUUUUAAAAUCCUAUUCUAAGGUGUACAAAAUCAAUGUCCUUAUCUUCACAAAUGGUUCAUAUAGUACUGCUAUGAAAGGAUCUGUUUUCUACUGCCUAAAGAUCACAAAAACAAAUUUAUAAUAUAAUUUUUUUUUGUUUUUUUUUUGUCAAGUGAUGUUUUACCACACCACUAUUUAUACUUUUUACUUAAUCUCCUCAAUUUGUGAUUUUAUAACUUUCUUAUAUGACAAAAUAAGAUGAAAAGUGUGUGUGUGUGUGUGUGUUUUUGUUUUUUUUUAUUCACAUAUGCAAACUUCAAAUGCAAUUCUUUCACAAGGUAAUCCCAUACACCUAUGAUUUAUUUUACUGUCCUAUUUUAAAGUAUAGAAUGUGAAUGUCCAUCUUUCUUGGAUUGAUAAUAUAUGUAUUUCUUCAAUUUGCUCUCUGUGUUAUUGAUGUGUGGGGAUUAUUGAAUGUGAUGAAACAAAUAAAACAAGCCCGUCCUGUGCUGAAUCUGAAAACAUCACAAGCAUGAAGCAUAUUUAAAAUCACUUAAAGUCAAGCAUCAAAAUAGCUAUGAGAGAUAUCUCAUUUUUACAGGAGCCAGAAGUCAGCUCACAGCCCUCAUAAAUCCCCUUAUAUCGCCUUACACAUGUCAGGAAAUCCAAGAUCUCUAUAUUAUUCUAAGCCUGAGUGAUAUUUCCUUAGAUGCUGUAUAAGUAUAACAUAUCUAUUCUCCCCUUCUUUUCUUUCAUUUAGACCUGACAAAGUAAAGCUCAGCUCAUAGUCUGACUUUGUGACACAAACACACUUUUUCCACCAAGCAGUUUAAUGAAACACUCAAGGCUAAAUAGACUAUAUUUCAUGACAUUUGUAAAUCUCCAACUGGAUAGUAAAUCUUGUGAUACCUAAGACACAUUCUCAAAUAUGUAUGCACUUCAAAUAGUUCCUUGUUUAACUUUUUCCACUGCGUGCCUGUGCCUCUGCUGCCCACUGUGUGUAUGGUUUAAGGCUUUUGUGGAUUAUCUUUCCGCUGUAAUGAGACAACUGUGGCUGAUGGUUGUGGGCCUAAUUUCCUUUUAAUUUGAUUCGGAUCUCUCCAGGUUUGAGCAAAGACAGUAGCUUAUUAUUUGAUUUGAUGAGUUUUGUUUGUAGAUACCAUUGCUCAUCUUUCAGCUUUUUAGCUAUGAACCUGCGAUCGGUUCAUUUUUCCUGCUGUAAUUUGUAUAUUGUUGCCUUAGGAAUAAACAACACACAGCUCACUGUUUUUAAUAAUAACCAGCAAGCCAUAUGUGAGUGGAAUUAAAGAUGUAAGAGCAACCAAAAUCUGAAGCACAAAAGAGCUGAAGAUGUUUCAUUGGUAGAUGCUUUAUAUGAUGCACUAAAUUAAAAAAAGAAAAAAAAGGGAAAAAAAGAAAGGCUUUUUUUAGCAUUAGACAUUAUAUAUCAGAUUUGGUUAUGUGCAAAUAUUUCCAUAGAUUUUUGUUAUUUUUUAAAUGAAAGAUUUGUUUGAAAGCCUUCUAAUGCUGUCUUUUAGUUUGCUCAAACUAUUAAAGAACUUGGAAACCUGAAA